CGAUAUCAGCGAUACUAGUCCUGUAUUUACUUGGUAUCAGAUCGACACCAAAGUCCCGCCCAUCACUGGGUUUCCCCACCCAACCGGCGACCUAUCCUAUAUAUAAUAGAAAGUACGUCUCAAUCUUCUCAACCUUCUCUCGUCAUCGUCAUGAUGUCUACAGUCAUGCUGAACGCUGCUCUGCUUUUGCUGUCACUGUGUGUGUGUCACUCUGUGGGGAUGACACUCAGUGAGGACAUGGAGGUGGUCGAAGCCCUCUCGGGUGAUGACGGUACUCUUCGGUGCACCGCCAACCCCAAGCCUGGUGUCCAGUACAUGGCCGUGAAGUGGUACAAGGUCAGAGAUGGCUCACCCACUCACAACAGCGGCCUUCUGAUGAGAGACCUCCUCAAUGGUACAACAAGAUGGUUCAUCGACGUGGAGAGAGAGGUUGAACUCCUUACUGAUUCCCGCAGUAUCUUUCUGCCCAAUGUGACGUGCAGCGACAGCGGUGUUUACAUGUGUCAGCUGGCAGCACCUGUGGGACAGCAGAACCGGGAGGGGAAGAUCCUCCUCACACUGACAGAUUGUCUCGACAACCAGACAGAAACUCUGCUGGCAGACAGCUACCUGGUUAUUUUUGCCGUAGUGCUGCUGAUGGUUGCACUUGUGAUAUUCCUAAUUAGCUAUAGUUGUUUGAAGAAUACCCUCAGAGACAAAAAGAAAACACCAAAAAAAGAAACGCUGAUGGAAGGAAUCCUCAAACCUCUUGACAAAAAGGACUUGAAGUUGAUCUACACUUUGGGCCCAAAAACAUCCACAAUGAAGCAUGUCUGUGUUUAACAGCAACUUCAGAUGGAAGAAUGCCUGCCUGCUGACCUGCAAGACCCCUCUAACUAGGCUUUUCAGCCAACAAAGGAAUGUAUGGUUGUCGAUAGCCAGUGAAGAUAAUUGGUCGACCCUCAGUCUCAGUCUUAAAACUGUAUGAAAUCCUACAUCAACUGAGGACCAACUUUGAGGAUUUUAACAAAGGCGCAGGCAGAUGGAUUUUUCGGGUCGUGGAGCAGGCGCUCGGUCCUCCACUCCCAGAGGACUGUCAUCACAGGGCGUGGCUGAGGAGGUAGAGCGGGUUGAGUAAAACUUGGCAGGUCGAUCCUCGACUCAUCCCGGCCACGCAUUCAAGACACCAAGAUAGCUGGCAUGUUACGUGGUAACUUGAGGGAUCAGGUGACAGAUGUCACAUUAAAAGGAGGCAUGUUCACUGCUGUUACGUACGAUAUAGUAGUAUGUAACAUCAGUGAACCAAGCAGUACCAAUUGAAGGUUACUUUUAGGAUUCGUCUAAAAUCCAUGGUUGUUCUCAUAAUGUUAACAGUGGUACACUGUAUCAAGAUUUAUUUCCUUCUCUUGACAACUAAGCAAUUUUGCUAUAAGACUCAUUAUCUUGUCUACAGCUAAUUUUGUUCUUCAGUUCCUUUGUUGUAUUGUUCUUUUUUGUGUUGAUGUACUACAUCUCAUUGUGAUGAACAGUUGCAUUUCAAUGGGCACUAAUCUUGAUGAACAUAAGGUCACUAAAAUUAUUUGCAUUAACUGAGCCAUCACAGAACCACUCUGUGUACUCUAUGUAAAAAUGUAUUUCUCUCUUUUUUUUAUCAAAAUGUUUGCCUUUUUACGUGUUAUUUAUGAGUAUCAGAUGAAAUAAACAUUUGCAAAAUAAUAAUCUGAUCUUUCAAAUACCAGUGUGGACUAAAAGUGAGUCUAAAAAUAAACUAUUAGGCUUUAUGUCCACAUGUCUAAAAGGAAAAACAACUCAUCACAUUAACAUCACAUGCGUAUGUGGAAAAUGAGACUUGAUGCCCUUUGAAAAUAGGAACUGAAAAAUGAUGACAUCUCACGCGCCUACUGAUAGAAACUUUGUAUUGACACUGGGAAAGUACAGGACGUGGGCGACCAAUGGAUGCCAUUAGUACAGUUAAACAGUAUUGUGUAUGUGCCAACUCUGUUUUAAUCAGUGGGCUAGGCUAAAUAACAUAAACAUUCAGAUCAUAAAAAGUUGUGUUUAAUUCAGACCAGUUAACAGCACCAUGAACUAAAUUCGUACAGCUGAAGUACCACCUUUCUUAUGCUGCUUGAACGUAACCUUAACAGUCAUGAAGGUGGAUUUAGUGCAGAUAGGUUAAUUGGAAUGAGAUCAGGAUUAGUUCAAGAUGAGUCCACUGUGCCAUCAAAGCCCUAAUCUGCAUGAUGGGGAAACUACCAUGGCGCACAGUGUGGGAGGGGGUUUUCCCCCUUGUUAGCAAAUUAGCAUCUUUAUUGACUGCUUUCUUUUCUUAAAUUAAAAUAUUUUUUUAUCAUUG